AUGAAUUCAACGCGAGCGUUUAAAAUCCCAACUUUCUGGCGUACCAACCCAGAACUUUGGUUCAAACAAAUUGAAUCCGUUUUUUAUACAACCAGAAUUACAGCUGACGCAAGUAAAUUUCAUCAUGUUGUUUCUUCUAUGGAAAGUGAAAUUCUUGCUCAAGUUAGUGACAUAAUACUCAAUCCACCAGAAACGAAAAUGUACGAAGCAUUAAAAACCCGGCUCAUCGAAAGAUUUUCCGAAUCUGAACAAUGUCGGCUUAAAAAAUUACUGACCGAAGUCGAACUCGGUGAUCGGAAACCAUCCCAUUUUCUUUCAGAAAUGCGUCAACUAGCUAAUGGAAAAGUAACUGAUGAAAUACUCAAAAUACUAUGGAUACAAAGGUUACCACAUCAGGUAAAAACUAUCAUUUCAGCUAGCAACGACAAGUUGGAUAACUUAGCUUCGAUGGCAGAUAAAAUUAUCGAAGUAUCGGACAGCCGAAAUGAUUGUUUUUCCAUUGCCAACAUUAGUGACAAGGUCACAAACCGUCAGUCACAUGAACAAGCUGACGAUGCAACGACAAUAAGAAAAUUGGAACACCAGAUCGCAGCACUCGCACAAGCAGUAGAGCGACUUAGCAACAGCAACUCUCGUAGCUACAAUAGGCGUCACUCAAAAUCACCUAUGCGCCGAGACAAUUCACGACCACGAUAUGAUACAUGUUAUUAUCAUUACCGAUUCAAAGAUAAGGCUACUAAAUGCAAACCACCGUGUAAAUACCAGCACACGUCGGAAAACUAUAAACGAUCUACUGUCGAGACGACCGACGGUAGUGAGUUUCAAUCUCGUCGUCUAUUUAUUNAUUGUAAUAUAAGGAAUUAA